AUCCAUUCUAAGAUUUCCAAUUUUGCUAUGAUCUAGUUUAAAGUAUACGUCGUGUAAGGAUGUUAUAUCCGGUUUACGUAUAGUUAAAUAUCACUCUUGAAGCUGAAGUAUCUCCUCCUUAGAAAGUUUCUGGGAUGUGCCAUCGUCGGUGAUGGUGCGAUUAUCGUUGCCGCUUGCGAAUAUAAACAAUGUUUCCUCACAAAGAAUUUCAAGCGAUUGUACUUGCUGGUGGAGGAGGAUCUCGUAUGACGGAACUCACUCAUGGAAAACAUAAAUGUUUGUUACCGAUUGGAAAUGUGCCGAUGAUUUGGUAUCCGCUUCAAUUAUUGGAGAACACUGGCUUCAAAGAAGCCAUCGUUGUCGUAUCUGAAAAUAUGGAAAACAGUGUACUGUCGUCUAUCGCCAAGUUGAAUUUAAAAAUUAAGGUGGAUAUUGCUUCCGUUGAAGACGCGGAAGAACUUGGUACUGCAGAUUCUAUCAGACUGAUUCACGAAAAAAUAUAUACAGAUUUUUUGGUAAUCUCCUGUGAUUUGAUCGCCGAUGUUGACAUAUCUGAAGUUUUAAAUCUGUAUAGAAAACACAAUGCCAGUAUCACGGCGUUGCUGUUACCUACACCCAAGGUGCCCGAGGAUUUUGUAACUCCAGGCCCUAAGAAUAAACAGAAACCGGAGACUGAUUUGAUCGGUAUUGAUAACGAAACAGGACGUUUGGUUUUCUUAGCCUCUGGUUCAGAUUUCGAAGAAACUAUAAAUAUUUCGCAAACGCUCCUUAAAAGACAUCCAAAUUUUACUCUUCAUUCGAAAUUAAUGGAUGCUCAUUUAUAUGUUAUCAGAAGAUGGGUUUUAGAUUUUUUGAUGCAUAACAAAAACUUAACUACACUGAAAGGCGAACUUCUUCCAUAUAUCGUAAGUAAACAAUUUUCUAAGCCUCCUAAACAAUGCGUGGACGAUAAGAAUACUUCGCUGGUACAAGUAAACUUAAAAGAAGAUAUUUACCGCUUCGCGGUAGAAAAAUCACUGGACGAGUUGAUUAGAAAAAUGUCAGCGUAUAACGAUCGCAGUACCGAUUUAGAGGAUGGAUAUAACGGUGACAUAAUUAGAUGCUACGCUUAUAUUGGUAAUGGGAAAUUUGGUUUAAGAGCAAACACGAUACAAAUGUAUCACUUUAUUAAUACCAAGAUAUCCGAAUGGUGGAACGUCGAUAACAAUGUACAACCUCGUUUAAAGAACGUUUCACCUACAGCCACUGUACAUAGUACACAGAUACAAGGUUGCAGUAUAGAUGAUAAUUGUACGAUUUCUGAAAAAACCUCCUUGAGAGAAAGUCACCUUGGACCAAACACAGUUAUCGACUCUAAAACGAGAGUAUCUUACAGUACUGUAAUGGAAAAUGUAACAAUUAAACAAGGGUGUGUAAUACAGAAUUGUAUAUUAUGCAAUUGUUGCUUCAUAGAAGAAGGUACAGAACUAAAAGAUUGCAUCGUUGGUCCUCAGCAUACUGUAACAGCUGGAAGUCAACAUUCUCGCGAAGUUCUCACGGAUCCGGAUAAGCUCAUAGAAAUUUAAUCGUUUAGAACAAACUAGACGAAUUAGUUGCUUAAGUAAAGACUAAAUUUAUAAAACUAGGCAUCUCUUCUAUAAAAUGAUAUUUAACUUUUAUUUUAAAAAAUUUUUCAUUUUGAAAAUCGAUAAUUUUAUAACCGCAAACAUGAAUAUUUUUAAAAUACAAUCAUGUGAAAUCCAAAAUUAUGUUUUGAUCAUUAACCUUUGAAAUAAGAAUUAAUUUUUUAUUUCGGCGUAUAGUA